AAAGAAAAAGAAUAUGCUGAUCACCACGAUUCCAAACGCAGCCUUAGUGUUAUCUGGAUUUAUUCUCCUCCCAGAUACUUCGCAACGGCACGGAAACGAGCGUACUACUGCGGGGACACAGAGAGACACCCCCAGCGCCUGUACGUCGCCGUUUUGAUCCUGCUCCUCGUUCUCUCCUCCUCCCUCCUUCCCUCUCAUUCUUCUUCUCCAGAAAACCCUUGAGCUCAAGAAUCUUCCGAUCGAGCUAUGUCGACGAACGACGGCUUCUCGGGUGUUUCAAAUUGCUAUGUAUUCAAGAGCCGAUUACAAGAGUAUGCACAAAAAGUGGGAUUUCCUACUCCUGUGUACGAGACUAUGAAGGAAGGCCCUUCCCAUGAGCCUUUCUUUAGGUCAACAGUAAUAUUGAAUGAUGUGAGAUACGAUUCUCUGCCUGGAUUUUCCAAUCGUAAGGCAGCAGAGCAGUCAGCUGCUGAGGUUGCACUAACGGAAUUAGCUAAAUCUGGGGAGAUGAAUGAAAGCAUUUCUCUGCCUGUGCAUGAAACAGGCUUAUGCAAGAAUCUUCUUCAGGAAUAUGCUCAGAAGAUGAAUUAUGCAAUUCCGACAUAUGAAUGCCAAAAGGAUGAAUCGCCAGGCAGAGUACCUCUUUUUUCUUGUACUGUUGAGAUUGGUGGUAUUCGUUAUAUUGGAGCUGCAGCAAGAACCAAAAAAGAAGCUGAGAUCAAAGCUGCUAGAACUGCUCUGUUAGCUAUUCAGUCAAGCGGAGAUGGAUUUUCUGACAAACCUGUUGGCAACUCUCAGUUAACAGUAGUUCCAUCUAAAAGGAAGGGGGCAGAGUCUGGUAUUGAUCAAGAGGAGACUGUGAAGGCCCAUAAAUCAAAGAAAGCUUAUUUAAAAAAGAAACAGCUCAACAAAAAACUCAAACUCCUUGGGAAGAACGCUGGUGAAGUUGAAAACUUUGGCGUUUUGCAGGGUAAUAUGGAUGGUCAGAGAGGAUCAGAAGUGGAACAAACCGAUGCAUCUGCAUUCCAAGCAAUGGAUACUGGAAGAUUGGCUGUUGAAUCAGCAAGGAACUUGCAAGAUGAAAGAACAAUCACCAACCCUGUUGAGGUAGAAAUAUCAUCUGUGCAAGGUACAUUGGUUCCCCAUACUGGUGGCAGUUCUUAUGGAAAUGGCCAACAAGCAUCUUCAAACGUCUGCCAAAGCGACAAUGGAAAUUCUGACUUGGGAGUCUCCCCUAAGCUCAGGGUAGAAGAUAUAGCUGCUCUGGUGGAAGCAAAUAUGGUUUCUGGAGUCGGGCAGGCUCUUCCGAUGAUGGCCAAUUCUCCCAUGGGUCAGAUGGCCGCUUCAGGCACUGUGGCUGGCUUAGACCAUGCAGGAGAUGGAAGCUUGGCAGGUGUGAACCAAGUGUAGGACCAAGGGGACUCGAGUGUUAUUUUUGUGGAGCUGGUUUUUAUGGAUACCAAAAUAAAAAAAAAAAAAAAAAAAAAAAAAAAAAAAGAGCAUGUGAGAGAUGGGGAAAUAACAGUCUCUUAACUUCAUCAGAGGGUUAGGUUUAGGUUUAGUGUCAGAGUUGGGAUUAGGGUUAGACAAAUUAGAAUUUAAGACUCUUUUGGGGGUUGAUUUAUCUCUCUGCUCCAUGUAAUGACAGUCUGAAAGGGGUAAUCUACUGUGAUGCAUUUGAACUCGUACCAUUUGCUGUUGAAGCGUGACUGCGGUCGUAUUGCAGGUCCGCUUUCAGCUUUUUAUUCACUUAUUUCCAAAUGAUGGUUUACCCACUUGCGUGGUAAAGCACUUCGCAA